CUCAUCCCCUCUUUUUCCUCUACUCUCCCAGGUUCCCCGGGGGAGGACGGAGGGAAGCCGUUCCAGUGUCCGGUGUGUGGCCUGGUCAUCAAGAGGAAGAGCUACUGGAAGAGACACAUGGUGAUCCACACCGGCCUGAAGAGUCACCAGUGUCCCCUGUGCCCCUUUCGCUGUGCCCGCAAAGACAAUCUCAAGUCCCACAUGAAGGUCCACCAGCAUCAGGACCGGGGCGAGACGUUCCAGUGCGAACUUUGCCCUUUCACCUCCUCGCGCCACUUCAGCCUCAAGCUCCACAUGCGCUGCCACCAGCACUUCCCCCGCUCCGGGUCCGCCUCCGACGGGGUCAAGGUCAAGGAAGAGGCCACCACGGACACAGAGGGCGAGGGGUCACUCAUGGGUGAUUACAACCCCGGGGAGUCCCCUCUCCAGUCAGACGCAGGGAACCAGAGCUCCCCUGGAGUCUCUAACCACCACGUCUAUAUAAAAGAAGAGCCCCAGGAGAGGGAGCUGUCGGUGCUGUCACCCUUCACCCUUUGCAGGGACAGGGAGCGGGAGCGGCCUGGUAGCAGUGGCAACUCCCUGGACCUCUCUAUGGGGGGAGUCGGCUUGGGGGUGCGGUCCAGUCCUGGUGGAGGUCCAACGGCGGCGUCCCUCUUCAGCCCGGACAUCACCACCAAGACAGCCACCGACCUGCUCAUGAAGCUCUCAGCGGCCAACCAGAAGGAAGCCCUGAAGGCUCCACAGUCCUUCCAUCUGAAGCAGGAACCCCGGGCAGAGGAAGAGGAGGAAGAGGUGCGGAGGAGCCCCCGGAGCCAGCCCAGCUACUCCUCCUUCUACCAGGAGCAGGGCGCGGCGCUGGGGGCCACAGGGCCAGCAGAGGUCACAGCAGACAGUGGGAGCCACAGGGGGACCCUGAAGAGACGGGAGGGAAGCCCCAUGGGGAACAAGAACAGUCUCCUCAGCCAGGACAUCAACUUCAAGGUGGCGUCGGAGCUGCUGAUGAAGCUAUCAGGUAAGGUAAUGGGCUGUGUGUGUGGGUUGGGGGGAGGUAUUUUGUGUGUGUGUGUUCCGGGUUAGAAGUUAUGUUUUUUGACAGCACAAUACACACAUUCACAGCCAAUUUUAUUAUAAAAAAUUAUUAGAACGUAAUUGAUAUUUCUCUAUAUAGGAUAGUGAAAGUAGAGAUUGGAUUGAAUUCAAAUGAGCUCCACAAACCUUAACUUGACCUAUGUACUGACAAGACGUGCAAGUCUUUUAAAACUCUACUUAGUGAUCUCGCACAUCUGAGUAUAUAAUUCACCCAUGUUGAUCUGGAGAUUGCAGUGAAAGGGUAGUCCUCAAUCUAUUCUGCUCUUGACUGGGUCAACAUGGUACAAUUAGUGCCUUAAA